UUCUUGGGCUUCCUCUUCCUCUGCUCGUCAGUUCCUCACCAGGGUUAGGGUUUUCAAGGUUUCUCUCGAGCUCCUUCUAGGGUUCCAGUGAAGCGAAGAAGAUGUCUCUGAGGCCGAACGAGAGGACGGAUCUACGUAGGAAUAAGUAUAAGGUUGCCGUCGAUGCGGAGGAUGGGCGGAGACGGAGGGAGGAGAACAUGGUGGAGAUUCGGAAGAGCCGGAGGGAGGAGAGCCUCCAGAAGAAGCGCCGAGAGGGUAUGCAGCCACUGGCUGCCGCCGCCCACGCCAUAGCCUUUGAGAAGAAGUUGGAGAGCCUUCCGUCGAUGCUGACGGGGAUUUGGUCCGAGGAUAGCAUGUUGCAACUCGAAUCGACCAUGCAGUUCCGGAAGCUCCUUUCAAUAGAGCGAUGCCCUCCAAUUGAUGAGGUUAUUCAGUCAGGAGUAGUUCCAAGAAUUGUACAGUUCCUAAUGAGAGAGGAAUUCCCCCAAAUUCAGUUUGAAGCAGCCUGGGUACUGACCAACAUUGCUUCCGGGACUUCAGAGAACACCAAGGUCGUGAUUGAUCAUGGUGCUGUUCCAAUCUUGGUGAAGCUUCUUGGCUCCCACAAUGAUGAUAUGCGUGAACAGGCUGCGUGGGCUUUGGGCAAUGUUGCUGGUGAUUCUCCCACAUACAGGGAUCUUGUACUUCAAUGUGGUGCUUUGAGCCCACUGUUGGUGCAGCUGAAUGAGCGUGCUAAGCUUUCUAUGGUGAGGAAUGCCACUUGGACUUUAUCAAACUUAUGCAGGGGAAAGCCACCACCACCAUACGAGCAGACAAAACCCGCUCUUCCUACACUUGCGUGUCUCAUUUAUUUAAACGAUGAUGAGAUUCUAGCUGAUACUUGCUGGUCACUAUCAUAUCUAUGCGAUGGUACGAGUGACAAAGUUCAAGCUGUAAUUGAUGCUGGAGUUUGUCCACGACUUGUUGAGCUUCUUACGCAUCCAUUACCAACUGUUGUUAUUCCAGCCCUCCGCACUGUUGGCAACAUAGUCACUGGAGAUGACAUACAGACGCAGCAUAUUAUCAGUCAAAAUGCACUUCCAUGUCUGUUGAACCUUCUGAUACGUGAUCAUAAGAAGAGUAUCAAGAAGGAAGCUUGCUGGACUAUUUCAAACAUUACAGCUGGAAAUAAGGAUCAAAUACAGGCUGUGAUUGCUGCUGAUCUCAUCCCUCCGUUGGUACAUCUUAUUAAAAAUGCUGAAUUUGACAUCAAGAAGGAGGCUGCUUGGGCAAUCUCAAAUGCUUCUUUAGGCGGUACCUGUGACCAAAUAAUGUUUCUAGUCAAUGAAGGUUGCAUCAAACCCUUGUGUGAUCUCCUUGUAUGUCCAGAUCCAAAAUGUGUGAUGGUUUGCAUGGAAGGGCUAGAAAGCAUCCUUAAAGCUGGCGAAGCUGAAAAGAACAUGGCAACUGCAGAUGUGAAUCCCUACGCUCAAAUGAUUGAUGAUGCUGAGGGUUUGGACAAGAUUGAGAACCUGCAGAACCAUGACAACAACGAGAUCUAUGAGAGGGCUGUUAAGAUCCUUGAAACAUACUGGUCGCAGGAGGAAGACACUGCUGCUAUUCUACCAAAUGGUUUGCCAAAUGGUUUACAGAAUGGUAUUCCUCCUGGUGGAUUCAACUUCAACCUAUGAUAUGGGCACUACCAGACCGUUUGACUAAUGUGUUGGCUUAAAAGGAAA